AUGAUAAAAAUAAAUGAAAAUUAUAAUUACUUAAAUUUAACAAUAAAAAUUAUUAACCUAUUGUUAGUAGAAGUAACCAUCUUCCUAUAGAAUGUUGUGAAGCAUUUUUCACAUUUAUUUGUGCAAUACCAAAAUUUAAAGAAGCUUGAUCUUAAAUUAAAAACCAAUAAUAUAAAUCAAGUAUUAUCAAAGAUGGUUAAUCAAUCACUUUAAAAAUUACCAUAUUUUAGUCAUUUAAUAAUCAUUUUUUAAAAGUAUAUUAAAUAAUCUAUAUAAAUUAGUUACCCUCUAUGUAAUGAAGGAUUAUUUGAAUUAGGAGAGGGAUAUCAUAAUUAGAGUAUGUGAAUUGAUUUUAUGGAGUUGUAAAUAAAGGAUAAGGGUAUGGAGGAAUUUGCAAAAAGUUUAUCGAAAUGAUAGAAAUUAAAAUAAUUAAAUUUGAUAUUAUGGAAUAAUUCAAUUACAAAGAAAAAUUGUGAAGCUUUGGGAUAAGCCUUAUUGAUAUUACUUAAAUUAGGUGUUUUAGUGAUUGAUUUAUCAAAGAAUAGGAUUGAAGAUGAUGGAGUAAGAAGGAGAAUUAAUUUAAAAUUGUUACAAUUUAGUUUAACCAAUGAUUUAUUAAUUAAAUUUUUUACCACUUAACAAUUUUAAAAGAUACUCCUUAAGUGAAGCAUAACAUACUGAUAAACCUUAACUUUCAAAAUUUAAUUGUUUUGCAUAUGAUUUUAUUUCAGAGUAAGACCUGGAUCAAUAAAACUGA